GUAUAGACCAGAAGAAAGCCGGGACGUGACGGAGCCGGGGGGUUCUGCUUGCUGGAGGCCCGUUAAACAACCAAUAAAUACAGUGUCUUCAUUGCUUCUUCCUCACUCAAGAGACGUUUGUGACCCAACUUGACCCGUCGUAUUUUUUCAUCUUAGAACUAAUUUCACAACCAUGUCCUGGCAAAGCUACGUGGACAACCUGAUGGCUGAUGGCAGCUGCCAGGACGCGGCCAUUGUUGGGUACACGGACGCCAAAUACGUCUGGGCAUCGUUUGUCGGCGGUACUUUUGCCAACAUUACGCCUGAAGAAAUCGACGUAUUAAUAGGAAAGGACCGGAUGGCAUUCUUCACCAGUGGGAUGACCUUAGGCAAUAAAAAGUGCUCCGUAAUCAGAGACAGCCUCCUACUUGACGGCGACUGGACAAUGGACAUCCGGACAAAGAGUCAAGGAGGAGAACCAACAUACAACAUUUCUGUAGGCAAAGCUGGCAAAGCAUUGGUUUUUGUCAUGGGGAAGGAAGGUGUCCACGGAGGACAGCUCAACAAGAAAGCAUUUAUGAUGGCUGAAUACCUGAGGAAGUCCGGAUACUAAAGCAGCCUGUACCCAGCCACCUAGCAGCUCACCCUUGCCACCCUGUUGCAUUUCACACUACUUCUUGACCUAGUUGGUAGUUACUUUCUUUUCUGCCUUCUCUCCUCCCCAUUUGUUAUCCCAUAUUUUGUUAUCCACCCAGCUGUCCUGAACACACUUUGAGCUGUGUACUCUAACCCCCUUAAGCACUAUAAGUUGAUCCCUAGCAAUGAGGAGCAUGUUGCUUACAGGAUGUCGGGACAAAUGUGUAAUUAACCAAGACCAGCAAAAAAUUCUGGCCCAACACUUGGACAAUAAACGCUAUCGUGUCAAUUUGAA